CACUCGCGCGAGUGCGCAAACGCAGCAAUCAUCGUCGUACCGCGCCGCCGAAGUGAUCGUGACUCGCGAGUCGCUUACCGAGAACGUGGAAGUGUGCAGCGGUUUGGGAGAAAUCAGCGAGCGAGCGAGGGGGACGAUAGUGGUGAAUCUGUGAUGUGACGUUUCUCGCUAACUGCCUCUAUUAUUUCCGGCAAAACGCUUUGUGUGCGUGUGUGGGGGAAGCACGGAACCGUUGGCGGCGUUACAUUGAUGAACGUCCCGAAAAAGUGAUCGUUGCGGCACUGCCGUUGAUUGGUGAUAACGAGACACGAGGCGAGGCGUUUGUGUGUUUCGUCACCCCACGCGCCGUACAGAACGGGAGCAGGGCAGGUGUGUUAUCUUCUUUGUAUGCAAAAUUCCAGAAGCGGGACCGCGUCCGUGCUCGGAACUGCAUUCCCCGUCGCUGUAAGUUCGUGGUCAAGGCAAACGCUGGAUGGUUUACGCUGUCAUGCGAGUGUGUGUGUCUAGGAUAAGCGUGAUUUAUUGCGGACAAUUCAGCACCAUCUUCACACACCCCGAAACGGCCCCCUUCCCGUGCUGCAGCUCUGUUUGCAGCUUCCGACGCACACACGCAUAGAAACAGCAGAACGAAGCAGGCGACGGCGAUACACGGUGGUGACGGAAAACGAUGAGCCUCGAAACCAUGAGCGAUCUGAGGAAAAAGUACAAAAACUGGAGAUCUUACGUGAAGUUUGUAAAGCUAGUGUCGGACGCCGGAAUGGAAGAUGAAACCAUGUUUGGCGAGAAGCAAUCGAUACGGGACUCGGCCCGCUCGCUCAAGAAGUACGGCAGCAUAUCCGGCGGAAGUCGCAGCCCGGCCGCCCUGCAGCCGACCGACGCACUGAUACGGCACGACGUCGAGCGGACCGACACCCUGCAGGGUCUUGCCCUGAAGUACGGAUGUAGUAUGGAACAAAUUAGGCGAGUAAAUAGGUUACUGCCCACGGAUACCAUCUUCCUGCGACCGUUCCUGAUGGUACCGGUGGCGAAAGAUUCACCCCACUAUCCUAAGGACCCGGAAGCAAUCAUACGUCCAAAUGCGCUGACCAGCGCCAGCCGGAUGCCGUCCGGGGGAAGUGCUAGCACCAGCAGCAGCAUCAUUAGCAACAACAACAACAGUAUCAGCUCGGACGGUAACGGAUACUCGAUGGGCGACGAAUCGCCGCUCGUCUCGCCCGAGGAGGAAAGUCGCAAAAAUCUGGAAGAGUUUCUCGGCAAAAUCGACAGCUCGAUCGCGUCCACCCGGAAGUGCAUUGCGGAGGUGCAGCGAAACAGCGACUUUGUCACGAGCAGCCAGAGCGACGACAAUCUGUUCUUCUCGUCCUCGUCCGGCGGGGUGGGCAGCGGGAGCGGCAGCAGUGGGUACUACUCGAAACCGCGUGCCUAUUCGAACGCAUCGUCCUCGUCGUCGAUCUCGUCCUACCAGCAGUACCACUAUCACGUACCCGGCAACAGCGCGCAGCACGUCGGCGCGGGUGGUAGCGGGGCGAACAACCACCACCACCACAAGCGCCAGAGCUCCUCCGGCAGUGCGGCGUCCGAUACGAACCAGCUGAUCGUGAUGACGCAGGGCAAGCGGGUGCAAAGUUCCCUCCAGAAGCUGGAGCGCCAGCAGGACGAGCUGUUCGAGUUGUAGCAUCAAACGCGGCAAGGAUAUGCUCGUACCGCUAGCGGAAGGAAGGUGCUGCUGCUCACAAGGAGCACCGAGAGCUGGAAGACGACCGACGCUCUGGAAGACGCUGGAGACGCUGGAGACGAGGAUUGGGAAAGCAGUGCAACAGAGACGGAAGCUUCGUUGGAGACACAAGCUCUAAUGCUGGUACCUUCGGGAAGGUACAACGGUGGCAUCGCUACAUCACAACACCAUUAUCGACAUCACUAUCUUACUCAGCGGUAUGUACGGCAUAGAUAUACGUUCCAUGUGCAGCUGCAAACCAUCGGCGCUAGCUUAAAGGGCAAGCUGGGCAGUAUCGUUGGGGUGCUGAUCAAUCGAGCGCGUCGCACCGGAGGAAGAGGCGUUCUGCUGCCGGCGCCCACCAUCCCACACACUACCAUCGGAGAUACCAACCUUUAAUUAUUGGGCCUAGGAUACAAUCUUACUCCUUUUGGGCAUCGAUCAUCAUCAUCAUCAUCACGCAACAUGAACGCACCCUUUUGCGCACCAGGUGACGCUGAAAGACACGUACACUGUGCUAAUUUUGUCUUGUGGCAACCGAUCACGAUCGUUUUUCGGAUGGGUUAGGCAUAUAUUUAUCCAACUAGCUUUACAGUUACACUCAACCUAGGGACUAUGGGUGCUAGGACGAGUCGCGCCGCACACGUUCGUGCUCGAUGUAUUAUUACCCAUUUUCAUCAUUACUCUAUGUGCCUUCAUCCACGCAAUCCCAUACAAAGUGGUUGAGCAAAUUGUGCCCCCCCCCCCCCCCCUCCCUAUCAUCCAUCCCCAUGCCCCCUUCGUGUGUGCUGCUGCGGCACGAUAAGUGCGGUAUCAAACAGUGUAUUUUUGAUGUGGACGUGAGCUUAGUUUGUCCCAUCUUUUUGGAGCACAGCAGCAUGUUCUCGUGCACAGACGUGCACAUAACAGUAUUGCAGCAGGAUUGUUAGAAACCGAUCGCUUGGGAAGCUCUAGGUGCAAAUGAGUGUUGAUUUAAUUCAACAACGAUCGCGGGAAGGCGUCGCGGAAGGGAACAAACACACAAAGGAUGUAUGCAACAGUUUAAACAAUCUGACCGAAAGGUGCUACGAGGGAAUGAUAUCGUUAUUAGUAUAGCAUGUAGACAUACACACAUCAUACACCCUUAAUCAUUGCUUCAUUGCACAUCCAGAAGUUAUCAACUGUUUUUUGAAGAUAAGCCUCUGGUUGCCGGAUGGUACGGUGUACGGUGCGAAGGGCGCCCGUAGAAGCGACAGCGCGCAGUAAAUGACAUUAAAUAGGUCGCCUUUGUCACUGGUGUCUGCGAAGAAAGUGUGAUAAUUCCGCUUCGUCAGCUGGACCACUGCGCGUUCCCCCGCUGCGCAAUCGUGCCGACCACUUGAGCAAGAGCACGCAGUGUUGUGAGGGUAUGAAGCAGACAAACACGCUAUCGAUUGGACGACAAUCGUUGGACAGUGGGGAAGGUAGCAUCAUUUUGAACGCCGCUGUCCCAAUACACCCGUUAGCGACAAACCGCAGAAUUGCGCGGCUUUUAAAGCGUGUUUCUAUUUUCAUCCCAAGCGCUUUUGUGAUCGGAACAGGGGAGCUUGGGAGGGAUGGUGGGUGUUAAUUGCAUCCACAAUCCGGCACCUGGAUCCGGUGCCAGUCAGUCUGUUUGCUGCGUUUUUUUUUUUGCCUUUCGUGCAGCUCAUCAUGCGAAUUGGGCUGAGAUUACAUUUGCGCCUGCCCUGCGGGAUAGUUAAAACUUCACUUCACUCAUGUAUUUUUCGAACAAGUUAUGUUUUAAGCAAUGUUGUAGCUAUAGUAGUUGUAUGGGGGCCUCAGUUCCAUAACGCUCAUCAAUACAUAUCGUCGUGAGAAAAGAGAUUCCCUCCGUUUUCGCAGUUACUCGUGUGAAAAGUGUGGAAGAGUGGAUCGACCAUACCCAACAAUUCAUAUUCACUAACCAAAUCUCAUUAAGUUCAAAUCCAAAAAUGCGAAUCAAACACAUACAAAUAGAAAUUCUUGUUCACUGUUGAAGUGCAGCAAAUCAAUCGCGUUAGGUACUUCCUCAGCAAGAGAUUAUUUAGAGGAGAGUGGGUGAAAUAGUUAAAUUUUGCUUAUGUUGCAUGAAACAUGGAAAUUGCCCGCGCGUUGCCGUCGAAAAAGGCAUGCUCUAGUGUGUAUCAAAAUCAUCUGAUUGCGUUCGACUUUCUCAUGUAAAAUGUGUGUAGGUUGCUUAAAAGUUGAAUGUGAAGCGUGAUGAUGGGCCACCAUACGAACAGAGUGUGUGUAUGGUUGUCCGCGUAUGGGUGUAAUUUGAAAGCGAAACAAAAGCAAAAGUUGUAAAAUUCUGAAUUUUGAUUAUAGAGUUUAUUUUCGAUUGUCGAUCAAAAGACGCUAAAAGUGUGAAAUUCCUUGAACAAUGUGAAUCUAAAUUUGCUUUACCGCUUUUGCUACUGUAAAGCAAACCCUUUCUAUUUUAUUAUAAUUAAUUUGUAUUUUAUAUUAAUUUUGAAAGCGCGGAGACACAGAGAGCGAACAAGAUAAACAAUCAACCUCAUAAUAAAUGGAAAACAGCCCCACAAACUGAACAAUGAGUUUAGAGCUAGGUUCAAAAUUGUGAUAUCAUUUAUCUAAAUGCGUUAAGGAAAUUAUGUAUAAGUCUUCUCCCUUCUUUCCCAAUUAUUCUCUCCUUUAUCUCUUGCCUAAUUUAUGCUGCCGAACCAGGCAACUAGCAAAAUCAUAAUCCAACCGAAUCAAACCGAAACCGAAUUAGCCACAAAGCAACGGGAGUAGCGAACGAAACCAAAAUUGAAUGUAAUUGUAAACACGCAAAGAUGCAAACUUUUACUGUGUAUUAUUCCAUUACCAUCCCCUAAGCCCACGUGGAAAAAUGUUUAAUGAAAACGCAAAACCUCUGUCUGUCUGUGUAAUCUGUAAUUGCUGUUUGACGGACACCACACACAGCUUUGGGAAGAAGCUUGGUAGGAAAUUCCUCCCGCAUUUCUUCUCCUUCUCGUUGCCCACGCUUUAUCCCCACUUAGCUUAAUUUGUGUUCUCGCGCCAUGUACAUAGUAGAGACACGCAAAGUGAGAUUCACCGUACACAAAUACACAAUCACACAGACCUAUUUUGAUGAGCAAUCGAGAGCAGUUCCCAGGGUUUUUCGGUAGUUUGUCGCGUGUCGUCGUGCAGUAGCUAGCAGGAAGUAAAAAGGCACCACACCACACUAUCUUAUGCACAGAGGCGUUAUAACAGACCCUAGGGUUGGUAAAACCCUCCUAUUGCUGCUGCAACUUAGCGUAGCGUGAGAAGAAAACGAGAGCCUUAGCCGUGUAAAUGUGUGUAUGAUAGUAACUGUAAUCUUAAAUGGGCAGACCGUCUAUCGUGUCGCUAUAAAAAAAAGAGCGUGAAAGGAAUUGGUGGGAACGAACCCCCUCUGCGAAACACUUUAACCUAAUUGGAAAGAUUUCGCGCAGAAAGUGCUUGGUGUGUGUGUGUAUAUAAUGUGGAAAUUUACAAACAACUGGCUGUAAAGUAAAGGAAGCGAAUGGUAAAAAAAACACUGAAAAAAGUGAGGCUGUUGCAGCCGUUAUUAGCGAGUCGCGUGAGAGAGGCGAGGGGCAGGAUUAAGUAUAUACACUAACUCGAUGAGCGGUUAUUGCGAUAAAAGAUAACGGAAAACGGAAGGGGGAGGAAAUACGGUGAGGUAAACAUUGAGGAAACACAAAAGUAAACGAAAUAAAGUAUAUCUAUAUCAUGUUUAACCAAACACACAACAACACAACAA